AUGUCAAAGGAUAUAGUAGAUGAUACUAUUCAUGAAAAGGUAUUAUCAUAUCUUUCAGAGUAUGUAUCAAAAGGGCCUGAACUAAUUAAAAUAUUUGAAGAAUGGAAUAUACUGGAAAUAAUACGUAAAUGUAUCAUACAACAACACCUGCCACAAGAAGUACAAAAUCCACAGCAAGAUUAUAGAAUUAUCGCAUUGUCAAUUCGUUUAUUGGCAUGCUUAUUGCAACAUGAUGAUAAAGAUAAUAGUUCGUUAUUCCAUCAAUUAAUUAAUGAAUAUCUCGAUAUACUUGAUUUUAUUUUGGACAAUUCAUUUGCCGAGGAGGGACUUACACGAUAUUCAUGUAUUGAAGCAUUACAGCAAAUAGUUACUUAUGAACAAGGAUCUAAUUGGUUUCUUGAAUCUGGAAAAAGUGCACAAGCUGUUUCUAAAUGUUUUAAUGAUACUAGCACUUAUGUUGCUGCGUCAUCUUAUUUAUAUAAUAAACUAAAUGGUAUGUUGUAUGACUCUGAUAGUAGCAUUGAUGAUAGGUUGACAGUAUUACAAUUAAUUUGGACAUUGGUUGAUUCCAAAUCAAAUAAUGUCUUGGCGUUCUUGGUACAAAGUCAAUUGUUGACACGGUUAAAUAUAUUAUUAAUUAACAAUAAUAGAAUUGUAAGAUCUAGAACAAAUGAUAUUUUAUGCUCAAUAUUUGAAUGGGUUCCUGACCCAAUUCUAUUAUUUAGAAAUUAUUCAUUAAAUAUAAAUAAUGAAGAUCCAAUUUCUGAAGGAUUAAUACCCAAAAAUUUUGGAAUAUUAAAUGAAAAUGGAACUUAUAAAAAAGUAAGAAUAGAUGUUAUGGAAAAACUUUGCAAAUCAAAAGUUAUUAGUUUUAAGCAUAUUAUUUACAAUUCAAAAUAUCAUGCUCAGAUGAAGAAAUCAAUCGACACAAUAAUAUCUAUUUUAUUUAACCCAGAUUAUAAUACAGAUCAACGUAUUUUGAAAACAGCACUUGGUAUUAUCCCAAUUGCUAUUUUCACGAAAAUCACAAAUGAUCAAAUCACUGAUGAAUUGACUAGUCUCUUGAUCAUAAAGAAUUUAUUACUAGAUUCAAAAACUGAAUGUCGUGGAAUAAUGUUAUUAUUGGAAACUAUGCAAAGUUUCAUAUUGAAUUCAACAAUGAGUAAAUAUAUAUUAAGUAAUAGACAUGGAAAAGAUUGGGCUGAUGCGAUCGUGUUCAAAGCAUGUGAUAUUCAUUGGGAAUCUAGUGAAAGAGCAGACGGAAGUAGUUGUGGAGUUGACUUUGUGAUUGGUUUUAAUUUACCACAAAUGGUCAUAGAAAAAAUUAAUGAUGAGGAAGCAUACGUACGUGCUUCUUGUCUAAAAACCAUUCAGUCAAUAAUUAGAUGUCAAAGUAGUUGGCAAUAUUUUGCCUCAAAGAAUUUACAUGAAAAAAUUACAUCUGAAUUGCCUUUUAUGAUGAAGGAUAGUGAGGCAUUUGUGAGACGAGCAGCGAUGGAAUUAUUGAUUUCUCUUAUUGUAGAACGUAAAUAUGGUUCAAUGUUGUUGUUGGAUCGUAAUGCAGAAAUCAUGAAUCCGAAUGUUAUAGAAAAAAUUAUGGAAGAUCCAGAUUUUUAUGUAAGAAUAAAUGGAUGUAAAUUUUUAGAAGCAGUUUGGAAUCAUUUCAAGAAACACAAUGACAUUAAUGAUGAAUUGAUAUUAUCAACAAUUCCUGAUCAUAAAAAAAGCUUGAUAAUUAAUGAAUCAUCAUCAUUGUUGUUGCCAACAACAUUGAUAAAAGGAAAUGAGAGUGAAUUUUUGAUUGAUAAAGAUACUUCAUUCUUUUAUUGGUUGGCUGCUGAUAGAUUACUUAUUACAGCGGUUGAAGAUCCAAGUAGAUUGGUUCGCAGUGAAAUCUUUGACAUUCUUCAACGUAUGAAAAUGUUCCUUGAACAAACAAUAAUAUUUGAUGUUGUUAAAAACAAUAAAAACAAUGUUCAUAAUGAUAUUCCAAAUUAG